CAGUUACCCUUCAUCUGAACAAAAUUUGGAGAGACAGACGUGGUAUGCACUCGUCAGUGUGAUGUUGAUAAACUUAGUCACGAAAAGAAGAAGACAAGGGAACGUGCAGAAAUGACGUGUGCGACUUUCCAAGGCUGUUGAAGCAACAUUUCUUGGCUCAGACCGCAAAGUUUGAGAACGUUUGCUUGCAAGACUGGCUCGCAUCACCGCGUGGCGUACCGCUUUGGCUGGUGUCUUUGCGUGCUUACGUCUGACGUCAGAACGUCAGCUGGCCCAAUGUUUACAUCCAGCAGUGGUGUGUUUUUGACUGGAUCGGCGAACAACAAGAGGCUGGCCAUUGACGAGAUCACAAACAGGAAGGCUCCAUCAGCGGCCCACUGAGGCAUCAUGGGUGGAGCUGUGAGUGCAGGAGAGGACAAUGAUGACUUGAUUGACAACCUCAAGGAGGCUUACUAUAUCCGCUCAGACCUGGUGGAGCGGGCUUUUCGUGCCAUUGACCGCGCCGACUAUUACCUCGAUGAAUAUAGGGAGAACGCCUAUAAGGACUUGGCUUGGCGUCAUGGAAACAUUCACCUAUCAGCUCCGUGUAUCUACUCUGAGGUGAUGGAGGCUUUGGACCUUCACCCUCGUAUCUCCUUCCUAAACCUCGGCAGUGGGACAGGCUAUCUGAGUACCAUGGUGGGCCUUAUACUCGGACCAUUCGGAGUGAAUCAUGGGAUUGAGUUACAUGCUGAUGUAAUUGAGUACGCCUACCAGAAGCUUGAUUCCUUCAUCAAAACCAGUGACAGUUUUGACAAAUUUGAGUUCUGCGAGCCAUCUUUUGUGGUGGGCAACUGUCUGGAGAUCCCUCCGGAGAGCCGUCAGUAUGACAGAGUGUACUGUGGGGCCGGGGUGCAGAAGGAUCACGAGAAAUACAUGAAGAACCUAAUUAAGGUUGGGGGCAUCCUCGUCAUGCCACUUGAGGAAAAGUUGACCAAGAUCACCCGUACAGGACCAAACACCUGGGAGACCAAAAAGAUCAUUUCUGUGUCUUUUGCUCCUCUCAUACUUCCAAAACACAAUGCAAACGGCAAACCCAAGACUGUCCCGUUGCCAAAGUACGAGGUCCGAACACUACAGGAGCUGGCUCGUUUCUGCAUCCGCCACACGCUACAAAUGACCACCGACGGAGGAGAAAGCCAAUCCCGCAGCCGUGGCUCCUCGUUCAGCGUGGGCAGGGGUCUGGCUGUGGCCGGGCUCCACAAGUACGGCCCUCGCUUCAAGCGCCGCCGUGUGCAUCGGCGCCGCUGCAACGCCCUCGUCCUGGCCACCCGUCAGGUGGUCGGCAGCGGUAUGAGCCCCGCUCCUCUGGACAGCAACAAUAACCAGGGAGGGAGAGUGGAGGACGAGGAGGCGGCGAGGCGAGAGACGAGCAGUCGGAGGGUCGCUCGUGGGGCAAGGGGCUUGAUGGAGGAAGAGGAGAUGGAGGAGGAAGAGGUUGAAGAGGAGCAGGAGGAAGAAAGGGAGACGGGAGAGCUGCUUCAAGUUCAGCCUGCUGUCAAUGUGUUGCGAGAGAGGAUCCUGGGCCUUCCGCUGCCUGAGCCUUUGAAGAGGUUCCUCUUGUACUACAGAAACAAGUGAGCAACAAAGCCA